AUGGACGCGAUGCUGGUACAAGUGCUGUUGUUCAUAGCGAGCGUGGCGCUCAGCAGUUGCGAUGUCUCCCAUAUAGAAACCACUACUGAGGUGUUACCGCCUCGUCCUUAUGCUUUUUCAUACACAGCUGGUCGGUAUCCUGGCGAAAUUGACAGACAACAUGCUGAAGUUAGCGACGGCAGUGGAGUAGUUAAAGGAACUUUCUCCUACGUGGACCCUCGUCACAAAGUUCGCACGGUCGACUAUGUCGCUGAUAAGGAUGGUUUCCACCCAGUGUUGAGCGAUGUCCCUCCUGAACACCCAGCCGACUCCGAGGCCGUCGCCAGGGCAAAGGACCGCCACUAUCAGCUAUAUGCUAAGAUAGCUGAAGAACAUGCGCAACAUCCUUUCCCUGAUGAGACUUCGAUCCCACGGCAAUCAGCAGCAGUUGCUGCGGCAGCGGCAAAACACGCGCAGCUAUUCCGGGUAAUAGCUGAACAGCACGCCCGGAUAGCAGCAGAAAGAGAAGCUUUACAGCAAGAGGAAGAAGAGAAACUCGCGCUGCAAGAGCUCCACUGA